AUGCCCCCGUCACCCAACACAAUCUCUCUACACAGCAAUCUCAAUUCCUCACCACCCACCAUAUCCUUCAGUUUCGAAAUCCUCCCCGCCCCCCAAAUCACCUCCCACAUACUCUCCCAAUGCGCCACCAUCUUCUCCUCCGCCUACGGCAUCUGGGGCUCUCACGCCGAACAAAGAAUAGGCAAACACUGCAAACACGGUAAGCGAAUCCGGCUAUCCGUCGAGCGUCUCCGGUCGCAGUCUUUAGCCCCGGGCACUAAUAGCGUGCUCGUUCGCGGCAUGUAUGGCGAUGAGCUUGCUGGGUAUGCAUUUGUGACGCGCUGGAUGUACGAGGGGAGGAGAGUUUGCUGGGUUACGCAGCUUUGUGUGAAGGUUGAGUAUCGGAGGAGGGGGCUUGCGACGGAGUUACUACGUCGCCUCCGUGAGGAUGAGGACUACGCCUUUGGCAUUUUGUCGUCGCAUCCAGCUGCUAUUGUGGCAGGGUUGCGUGCGUGGGGCAAGGGAAUUGAGAAUGUCGAUAUGAGCUUUGUAAAGGAACAUGGUGCUGGUAUCAUGGCUCUGUCGCCAGUACAGUACGUAAGAGACGCUAAGUUCAGGGGCAGUAUCUUCGGCAGUGUAGACGAUGGUGCAGUGUGUUGUGCGGACACGGAUUUUUGGGUCGAUCACGCUGAACCUUUGGCUAUAUUGGCUGAUGUUAAGAAGAGAGUUGCUUGGCCAUUUGGAAACCUACCUGAAGGAUGCGAGUUUUUGGCUCUGAUUAAGAUUGUUUGA